UUUUCUUGUUUUGUAGAAGAAUGUCUUCCAAGCAGGCUACCUCUCCAUUUGCAUGUGCAGCUGAUGGAGAGGAAACAAUGACCCAGGACUUAGCAUCACGAGACAAGGAAGAGGGCAACUGUGAUCAGCAUGCGACCUCUCAUCUGCCUCUACAUAAUGUAAUGCACAACAAACCUCAUUCUGAGGAGCUACCAACUCUGGUCACGACCAUCCAACAAGAUCCUGAGUGGGAUGGAGUCAUCUCAGCCCAGCACAGAAUGGAGUCGGAGAGUAAUAAGUUAUGUUCCCUAUAUUCCUUCCGAAAUACCUCUACCUCACCAAACAAGCCCGACGAAGGAAGUCGUGACCGCAGUGAGCUAAUGACCAGUGUUAAUUUUGGAACGCCAGAACGCCGCAAAGGAAGCCUUGCUGAUGUGGUGGACACACUGAAGCAGAAGAAACUGGAAGAAAUGACCAGGACUGAGCAAGAGGAUUCAUCCUGUAUGGAAAAGUUACUUUCUAAAGACUGGAAGGAGAAGAUGGAAAAAUUAAACACAAGUGAUCUCCUUGGAGAAAUUAAAGGUAUCUCACUAGAUCAAAUUUUAAAU